CACAACCCUCACUUCAAGCUCUCUUCACCCCCCAAUUGCCCUUUUCCUCUACGCUCAAACACCCCUUUCGCCGCUCGAAUCCCAUCCAAACACAAACAAUCACCAUGUUCCGUCAGCAGAUUGCCCGCCAGGCGCGUCUCUUCAGCACCACGCCCGUUGCGCGCAAGAGCCCGGUAGAAGUCAUCAAGGAUGCCGCCAAGAAGGUCGACCAGACCAUUUCCGGUGCUGCUGUAAAGGGCAUUGAGAAGGGCGAGCAAGUCGCGGACGCUGUCAAGGAAGCCACUCCCAACACUACUGGCGAGGCCAAGGGCCAGGCGAGCCAGAUGGCGGGUGAGGCCAAGGGAAAGGCUAGCGAGGUUGCUGGACAGGCAAAGGGAAAGGCGGCCGAGGUCAAGGGCGAGGCAAAGAGCAAGAUGUAAAAGGAGACAUGUGUACUGGGACAAGAAAAUUAUAAUGACCACAAGCCAUGCCAUGUGAGCAUAGGAGCCCGCUUGGCCGAAUGAAUGAAUAAUGUUUCAAU